AUGAAGAUUACCAUUCCCCUCACAAGUUUAUUCCUCAGUUUCGCGAGUUAUACGACCACCAAUGCUCAAACGGCAGCUGACACAAUAAAUUCAUGUCAAGCUCAGAACGCCAAUAAUUUCAUCUUCGCAAGCUAUGACGGCGACUUAGCAGCAACCUACGCAUAUUCCCUUUGUUUCCCAUUCCAAAUCUUCGGAAAUACUCUCAAUUCCGCUCUUUUCUGUCGCGACGCACAUUGCUCUUUCUACAGCGACGAUGACUGCACGACACCUUCAGCUUUCUCAAUUACUCCUAUUCCUUUUAUUCAAAACCAGGGUCUUCCUACAAAGCUAACAUCGAGCUUGGGGUGGAAGAGUGCAAAAUGUGGAAGUAGUUUGGUGGGGUUUACUUUGGGUCAAUAA